CGGGGCGCGGGGCGGGCCGCUGUGCAUUAUGUACGGCUCGGCACUGGGUCUCUUUCCCGCCGCACUCGUCUGCCUGCGAAGCCGCCGGCCAGGUCCUGCCUCCUUCCUCAGGGCAGUCUGCGUGUUUUCCCUGCUUCUUGGAUUGGGCCGAAGUGAAGACAGCAGAUGUGCGUCCUCUCAUGCCACGUCUUGCUCCGAGUGCCUCGCGCUGGGUCCUGAAUGUGGAUGGUGCAUUCACGAGGAUUUCAUUUCAGGCGGAUUGAGGAGUGAGCGUUGUGAUACCGUUUCCAAAUUAAAAAGCAAAGGCUGCCCAGUGGAUUCCAUUGAGUACCCAUCAGUGCGUGUGACAAUACCAAGUGGGAAUGAAAUUAACACCCAAGUGACACCAGGAGAAGUGUCGAUUCAGCUGCGUCCAGGAGCUGAGGCUAACUUUAUGCUGAAAAUUCAUCCUCUGAAGAAAUAUCCUGUGGAUCUUUACUACCUGGUUGAUGUCUCUGCAUCGAUGCACAAUAAUAUAGAAAAAUUAAACUCUGUCGGAAAUGACUUGUCAAGAAAAAUGGCCUUUUUCUCCCGUGACUUCCGCCUGGGGUUUGGCUCCUAUGUGGAUAAAACUGUGUCACCGUACAUCAGCAUCCACCCAGAAAGGAUUCACAACCAGUGCAGUGACUACAACUUAGACUGCAUGCCUCCCCACGGGUACAUCCAUGUGCUGUCUCUGACGGAGAACAUCACAGAAUUUGAGAGAGCCGUGCACCGACAGAAGAUCUCUGGCAACAUAGACACACCCGAAGGGGGCUUCGAUGCCAUGCUACAGGCUGCGGUCUGCGAGAGUCACAUUGGAUGGCGAAAAGAAGCUAAGAGAUUGCUGCUGGUGAUGACAGAUCAGACUUCUCAUCUGGCGCUUGAUAGCAAGCUGGCAGGCAUCGUGGUGCCGAAUGAUGGAAACUGCCACCUAAGGAACAACAUCUAUGUCAGGUCCACCACCAUGGAACAUCCCUCGCUAGGCCAACUGUCUGAGAAAUUAAUAGACAACAACAUCAAUGUCAUAUUUGCAGUUCAAGGCAAACAGUUUCAUUGGUAUAAGGACCUUCUACCCCUCCUGCCUGGCACCAUUGCUGGUGAAAUAGAAUCAAAGGCUGCAAACCUCAACAAUUUGGUGGUGGAAGCCUAUCAGAAACUCAUUUCAGAAGUGAAAGUGCAGGUGGAAAACAGGGUACCAGGCAUCUACUUUAACAUCACAGCCAUCUGUCCAGAUGGGGCCAGAAGGCCAGGCAUGGAAGGAUGCAGCAACGUGACAAGCAAUAAUGAAGUACGUGUACUUUUGAAUGUAACCGUUACCAUGGAAAAAUGCAGUUUCACUGGAGGGAAGAAUUAUGCAAUCAUCAAGCCUAUUGGUUUCAACGAAACCAGUAAAAUCCACAUACAUGGGAACUGUGGCUGUCGGUGUGAGGCCAGCAGAGGCCAGGCCGGGAAAUGUGCAGAGGAGGUGUUUCUGGAUCCUGUGUGUCCCCAUUGCGAUGAGAGAAGGUGUCCUUUGGAGCAAGGGCAGGCCCCUGCAGAGGGCUGCACAUCCCACGAAGGUCAACCUGUGUGUAGUGGCCGAGGAGUCUGCGUUUGUGGAAAGUGUUUAUGUCACAAAAUGAAGCUCGGAAAGGUGUAUGGAAAAUACUGCGAAAAGGAUGACUUUUCCUGUCCGUAUCACCACGGUAUUCCAUGCGCCGGGCAUGGCGAGUGUGAAGCGGGCCUAUGUCGAUGCUUCAGUGGCUGGGAAGGUGACCGCUGCCAGUGCCCGACAGCGUUGGCCCAGCACUGUGUCAAUUCCAAGGGCCAAGUGUGCAGUGGAAGAGGCACUUGCGUGUGUGGCAGGUGCGAGUGCAGCGAUCCCAGGAGCAUCGGCCGCUUCUGUGAGCACUGCCCCACGUGUCCUACAGCCUGCAGUGAGAACUGGAAUUGUGUGCAAUGCCUUCACCCUCACAAUCUAUCCCAGGCUAUACUUGAUCAAUGCAGGACCUCAUGCGCUUCCCCAGAACAGGCUUACCUGGAGCAAGCAUCAGAAUGUUUCUCUAGUCCAAGCUACUUGAGGAUAUUUUUCAUCAUAUCCAUAGUCACAUUCUUGAUUGGGUUGCUUAAAGUCCUGAUCAUUAGGCAGGUGAUACUACAAUGGAGUGGUAGUAAAAUCAAGUCCUCCUCAGAUUACAGAGUGUCAGCAGCAAAAAAGGAUAAGUUGAUUCUGCAAAGUGUUUGCACAAGAGCAGUAACCUACCGACGUGAGAAACCUGAAGAAAUAAAAUUGGAUAUCAGUAAACUACAUGCUCACGAGACGUUCAGGUGCAACUUCUAAAAAAAAAAACAUCUAAAAAAGGCUUUGUGGGAAACUGAUUUUUCAGUCACUGUCCCUACAAAGGGUCGCAGUAGAAGUCACAGCAGGAGCCUGAUUGUUCCAGAUCCAUUGCUGAUUGGACUCCAGGGGAGGCUGAGGAGGAGCGUCGCAGUCUGCGACUCACAUAGCUGCUGAACUUUUCAGAGAAAAAUGUCUUACUACUGUUGGACACUAGUGUCGUCGUAGCACUUUACUGUAAUAUAUAACUUAUUUAGAUCAACCUAGAAUGUAGAUCAUGUGAAGAGCACUGGUUACACUUUAUAGGUACUGCCAUUCCCAUGCUUCCCAGAGAGAGAGAGAGAGAGAGGAGGG